AUGCGCCGCUCUCAGAUGCAAGAGUCAGAUGCACAGUACAAUGCCACAGUGAGGGGCGGGCUUAAGGGCCUUGUGGGCGGCACAGCCGUCGCGGGCGCAGGGUCAUACUACCUGCAGCGCACCGCGCCGUACUACAGGCAGCUCCCGCCGUCGCUCAAGGCGUUCGGCGUUAUCGUCGUUGCCGUCCCCGCGUUCGUCAUCUCGGCCGAGCACGCCGGGCUGCAGUACGAGCGCGAGCAAUGGACCGGUGCAGGCAAAGAGGAACUCGACAAACAGGAGGCGCGGGCUCACAAGAGGUGGGAGAGGCUGAGCGUCACGCAGAAGGCGCAGGACCUCGCGGCGCGGUACCAGUACGGGCUCGUCAUCGGCGGGUGGGCCGCCGCGCUCUUUGGCAGCUUCUAUUUCAUCAAGAAGAACCCGUACCAGACGCUGCCGCAGAAGAUCGUGCAGGCACGGUUGGUCGCGCAGGGCACGACGCUCACGAUGCUCCUCGGCGCCGGGUACCUUGCGCACGAGAGGCGCAAGCGUUUGGAGGGACCGCUUGCCAAUCAAAGCGACCCGCAUUCGGACCACUCGUGGAAAGACAUCAUUGAGGGAUCGCGUGCUGCACACUAG